CCCCGCCCCGUCACGUGCGCGCGGCGUCACGUAACACCCGGAAGCAGCGGCGGGAGCGGGGCCGGCAGCGAUGAGCGGGGACGUGGGGCCGGUGUCCGCAGCGCCCCAUCGCGGGGAGAUCGAGCCGGGCAGCGGGGUCCGCAUCGUGGUGGAGUACUGUGAACCCUGCGGCUUUGAGGCGACCUACCUGGAGCUGGCGAGCGCCGUGAAGGAGCAGUACCCCGGCAUCGAGAUCGAGUCGCGCCUGGGGGGCACAGGGGCCUUUGAGAUCGAGAUCAAUGGACAGCUGGUGUUCUCCAAGCUGGAGAAUGGGGGCUUCCCUUACGAGAAGGAUCUCAUCGAGGCCAUCCGAAGGGCCAGCAACGGAGAACCGCUAGAAAAGAUCACCAACAGCCGUCCUCCCUGCGUCAUCCUGUGACUCCAUGGGAUUCCAGGUUCCUGUUGCAUUCUGGGAUACAAGCCUCGGUCUCCCCUUUGGUCCUGCUGAGAGUCCAGACCCUGCUGCCUCUUUCCCCUCACGUAGACUCCAGGUAGCUGAGACCCUGGCCUCCACGUGGCCCCUUUGGGGACCAGGAGGGAAUAAACUCCCGUUGGCCUGGAGGGUGGGAGAGCCUCUCCUUGUACCCCUUCCAGGGACCAGUGUCCACAAAAGCUUGCUCCCUGCUCCAGCCUCGCUCCAUCUGCAAGAGGCCACUGUAGUUCUAAUUUAUUUUCUACUAGCCCCAGGCAUUGUCAGCGAUUGGCAAUAAACUGGCACUACAAACA